AUGGAGGGCUCUGGCCCCACCUGCUCCUCUGUGCCACCACCUGCCCUCAGCCACCAGGAGGCCCCAGUGGAGAAAAUCAGUUACACCUGGACAGCUGCCCGCUGUGCUGCCUUAACAAGGGGGAGGGCUAGAGAGGGCCGUGCCAUGUUAUUCCAGAACAUUGUCCAUCUCUCCCUGGACAACCCUGCCCAUGCUGUUUGUGUGAUGGGCUCAGAAAUCUGCGUGGAUAUCAGCGAGGGUGCCCCACGUGAGUGUGCGAGCUUCACCAUCAGUGGAUCUGCGGGGAUCUUGAUCGAUAUUGUCGAUUCCAUGAUCACUGAGAAGGAGGACACCACAAUCUGGUGGCCCUUGUCUGACCCCACGUACGCGGUCAUGAAGAUGACAUCGCCCAGCCCUGCUGUGGAUGGAGACAAGGUCCUGGUCACAUACUACGGGCCCCAUGAGAACACCCUGGGCACAGCUGUGCUCUACCUCACUGGCAUUGCGGUCUCCCUGGAGGUGGACAUCUACCGCAACGGGCAAAUUGUGACGCCAGAGGACAGAAAGUCAAAGAAAAAAUGGAUUUGGGGUCCCAAUGGCUGCGGGGCCAUCCUGCUUGUGAACUGCAGUCCUGCUGAAAUAGGUCAACUGGAGAACAAGACCAAGAAGGUGUUCUUCCCUGAAGAAAUGAAGAAUCUGUCCCUGAUGACAGUGACUAUCCAAGGCCCCAGCUCCCUGUUAAGGAGAUACCAGCUGGUCCUCCACACUUCCGAGGAAGAGUCAAAGAAGGCAAGAGUCUACUGGCCCCACAAGGAUGGCUCUGGUACCUUUGACAUGGUGCUGGGGCCUGGCCAGCACACCUAUACCUUGGCUCUCUUGGGGAACAACUUGAAGGAGACCUUCUAUGUGGAAGCCACUGAGUUCCCGUCCGCCAGCUUCUCGGGCCUGAUCUCCUACUCAGCCUCACUGGUGGAAGAGUCUCAAGACCUGUCAAUCCCAGAGACCCCGGUGUACAAAGACACGGUGGUGUUCCGCGUAGCUCCCUGCAUCUUUAUUCCCAGCACCCAGAUGCCUCUAGAAAUAUACCUGUGCAGAGAGCUGCAGCUCCAAGGUUUUGUGGACACAGUGGUGGAGCUGAGCGAGAGGAGUAACUUCCAGAUGGCAUCUGUCUACGAGGACCCCAACCGCCUGGGCAAGUGGCUCCAGAAUGAAAUGGCCUUCUGCUAUACCCAGGCUCCCCACAAGACCACGUCCUUGGUUCUUGACACCCCUCGGGCCACCGAUCUUGAAGAUUUCCCCAUGAAAUACUCACUGAGCCCUGGUGUUGGCUACGUGAUCCCGUAUUAUACCCAGGACCAGAGGGUGGCCAGCAUGGAUUCCAUUGGGAACCUGACAGUGUCUCCGCCUGUCAAGGUCCAAGGGAAAGAAUACCCCCUAGGCAGGAUCCUCAUUGGUGGCAGCUUUUACCCCAGCGAGGAGGGCCGGGCCAUGAGUAACACCCUCCGAGACUUCCUCUGUGCCCAGCAGGUGCAGGCUCCAGUGGAGCUCUACUCAGACUGGCUAAUGAGCGGCCACAUGGAUGAGUUCAUGUGUUUUGUCCCCACAGACGACAAGAGUGAAGGCAGAAAGGGCUUCCAGCUGCUCCUGGCCAGCCCCAGGGCCUGCUAUAAACUCUUCCAAGAGAAGCAGAGGCAAGGCUACGGCAACGCGCUGCUGUUUAACGAGGUCAGACAGGAUCAGCUCCUUUCUAACGGAAGGGAAUUCAAGACUAUCGAUCAACUGCUUGCUGAUGAAAAUCUGAGAAAGCAGAAUGAAUACGUGGAGAAGUGUAUUCAACUGAACCGUGACAUCCUGAAGACAGAGCUGGGCCUGGUGGAAAAGGACAUCAUCGACAUACCCCAGCUCUUCUGCCUGGCGCAGCUGGCCAAUGUCCCCCCAGAGCAGCAGAUUCGGAAGCACUUUGCAAAGCCGUACUUCCCUGACCUGCUGCAGAUGGUCGUACUAGGCAAGAACCUGGGGAUCCCUAAGCCUUUUGGGCCCCAAAUCAAGGGUACCUGCUGCCUGGAAGAACACGUCCGCCACUUACUGGAGCCCCUGGGCUUACACUGCACCUUCAUCGAUGACUUUGACCGUUACCUGACCGACAUCGGAGACUUGUGUGCCUGUGCCAAUAUCCGCCGGGUGCCCUUUGCUUUCAAGUGGUGGAAGAUGGUGCCAUAG